GUCGCCGGUCGUUUUCUUUAUUACAAUAAAACAUUGUUAAAGGUUUUGGUAUUGCAAAUAAAAAAUGGAGGACGAUGAUAUCGAAAUCGCGAGAUACUUCAAGUCGAAUUUGGUGGCCGUGAGGCGCGCGAUUGAUGCUGAUGAUUUCCGCAAGUUUGUGAAUUUGGAGAAAAAUAGUGAGAGGGUGGCUUUCAUAUUGAAAUAUCCGGAGGCUCACGUUUUGCCGUUGGAGAUUGAAGACGCUCCAGUUAAGAAUUUGGAGAAAGCCUUGAAGAUUAAAGAAUCUGGAAAUAAAUUUUAUUCGCAGGGUAACUUUAUGAAAGCACUGGAAACGUAUUCGAAUGCAGUUUUGAUUACUCCUAAAAAAGAACUGGGAAUUUUCCUCGCGAAUCGUUCAGCUGCUCUUCACAAUCUGGAACUUUACGAUUUGGCCCUGAAGGACAUCAACGAAGCUCUGCGCAUUGGUUACCCUAAGGAGUUAAUUUACAAAAUAGAAGAGCGCCGUGCAAAAUGCCACCUAGCAAUGAAAAACCAUCCAGCUGCAGUGGAUUCCUUCAGGAAUACUCUCCAAGCCCUAGAUCACGCGAAACUUCCCCUAGAACGAAAGCAAAAACUGGAAUCUGACGUCCGAUUGAUGCUGGCGAUGAUGGAGAAAUCGAAACAGCUCAGCGAGGGUAACAAAACGUCUGUGAAUCAACAAACGAAGGGUGUGGAUUAUACAUCAUCGGUUCCAAAAAUGAAGGAUGUCAAUCCAGCUUAUCCAGCUUGCAGCUCUGCUGUGGAAAUCAGGGAUGCAGGUGGAGAUAUCGGAAGACAUGGAAUUGCAACUCGAGAUAUCAUGCCUGGUGAAGUUAUCAUGAUUGAGAAACCGUAUUGUGCUGUAGUACUCGGAGAGUACAGAUUGACGAACUGUCACUACUGCUUCAAAAAAAAUAUCGCUCCAUUUCCCGCAGCCUGUGACACCUGUGCACUGAUCGCCUACUGCAGUGCGAAUUGUCGAGAUGCCGAUGCAAAAGCCCACAUCAAUGAAUGUAACAUUUUGGGACCACUUUGGCUGUCCAAUGCCUCCAUCACCUGUCUCCUGGCAAUCAAAGCGGUUAUCCAGAAGCCUUAUGCCAAGCUUAGAAAGUUGAAGGAAGCAAUAGAGAAGUCUGAUAAAACGUUUCAGGCUUCCAAGGAUCACCCCUUCAGGGCGAGUGACUACAUGGCCUUCUAUUCUAUGGUUACUCACGAAAGUGAAAGAACUCAGGAAGACCUCUUCCACAGAGCGUACAUGGCUGCAUGGCUUCUUAGAGUAUUGAAAAAAAGUUGCUAUCUUCCUGAAGAAGUCAAAACCCAGGAUCUCGCUGGAUGCCCUCUUAGUGAGGAUGAAGAAUUUUUCGGUGGUCUCUUAUUUCAUCAUUUACAACUCCUUCAAUUCAAUACCCACGAAAUAUCAGAAUUGGUUAGACCGAGGAACGAUCACACCCUGCAGAAGGCUAAGAGUAAUUUUAUAGCUGGGGGUUUAUUUUGCACACCCGCUCUCCUGAAUCACUCCUGUAAUCCUGGAAUCGUUCGGUACUUCGAGGGAACGACGAUGGUGGUACGAGCGAUACGAACAAUCCGAGCAGGAAUGGAAAUCUGUGACAAUUACGGUCCUAUUUUCACGAUGGAGCCAAAAGGGGAACGUCAAAGGAAAUUAAGAUUGAAGUAUUGGUUUGAGUGCGGGUGUGAAGCGUGUGUCGGUAAUUGGCCGCUAUUAGAAGAUAUUAAUCCGAAAAUUCUGAGAUUCAGGUGUGAAAGUGGACCAUCCUGUGGCAACGUCCUCUCAGUGAACGUCGACAUAAACGAAUUCAUGUUAAACUGCUCUAAAUGUGGCAAGAGCACGAACAUCAUGAAAGGUCUGAAAGCCCUGCAGGAUACUGAUGCACUUUUCAAACUAGCCUCGAGGCAGCUCGAGGAUGGCGAGCAUAAUAAGGCCUUAAAGACUUAUUUGGAUAUUCUGAAAUUGUUUGACGAGACUCUGGCAUUACCCAUUCGGGAUUAUCACCUCUGUCAACAAGGAGUGAGGCUCUGCAUGCUACCACUCGGCAAUACUGCCUGGCAAUCUUUAAUAAAUCUUUAAUCAUGUCAAUGGAAUACAUGGAAAUCAGUAUAAAUUUUU